CCAAGAAUGGAGGAUGGAAAGACCGAAACAAGAGCUAGAAUCUGAGAAUUUUCGUGGAAACGGUAAUUUCAGUGUGCCAACUCAAGUAGAAGGCUAAAUUUAUUUGAUUUUAUUCCAUAAGCCAUUUUUACGAAAAUCUCAUCAGUAACCUCCUUCCUAUUGUUUUCAUCAAAAGACCAAAAAUUCUCUCUUUUCUCUCAAUUUCAGUUGCUACUACCGUGAUUCUCCAUCCGUCAAAGGAAUCAAAGACGAAGAAUGAGGGAUUGACGGAUCUGUGCUGUUCAAUCCCUCUGCUAAGACAAUCAAUCAUAUUCCCUAAGUUGAAGAAAAACGUUGUGAUCGACAAUCCAAUUGGGAGAAGUAGAUGGGGAAUUUAUUCGUCAAGAAGCCCAAAGUCACCGAUGUUGAUAAAGCCAUUCUCUCUCUCAAGACGCAGAGACGCAAACUCGGUCAAUACCAACAGCAGCUUGAUGCUGUCAUUGAAGCAGAAAAGAAUGCUGCAAGAGAGUUAGUUCGACAAAAGAAAAAAGAUCGGGCCUUGUUAGCUUUGAAGAAGAAAAAGGCACAAGAAGAAUUACUAAAGCAUGUUGAUGCCUGGCUGAUUAAUGUUGAGCAACAAUUGUCAGAUAUUGAAUUGGCCAGCAAACAGAAAGCUGUUUUUGAAAGUUUGAAGGCUGGUAAUAAUGCGAUCAAAGCUAUACAAAGUGAAAUUAACAUUGAUGAUGUCCAAAAGCUGAUGGAUGAUACUGCUGAAGCUAAAGCAUAUCAAGAUGAAAUUAAUGCCAUCUUGGGUGAGAAAUUAUCAGAAGAAGAUGAGGAGCAAAUCUUAGCAGAAUUUGAGAGCUUGGAAGCUCAGCUCACUGUUGAAGAUCUGCCUGAGGUCCCAACUUCCGAAGAAAAAGAGGAAAAGUUGGAUCUUCCCGAGGUGCCAUCCAAGAAACCUGUUGCAGCUGAUGCCAUUGAAGAAGAUGCUGAAACUGUAUCAUCUGAUGCAUCCACAAAGAGACGAGUUAUGGAAGGACCUUUGGCAGCAUAAAUGCGGGUACUUGAUGGAGGUUGCUCAUAAUGUUCAUGUAGUGACGAACUGGUUUGAGCUUAUUAGCAACUGUUAUUUGAUUUUGUGAAAUUCUUACAAGGAAGGCUCAUAAUGCCCCAUUCACCAAUCUGACGUUUGUACAGACACUUCCUCAUGCACGUAUAUAAAUUUGUUUUCUUUCUGCUUAGCUAGUGUGUGUAUUUUAUUAAGGUUUGUUUUUUUCUUUCCCUUUUUUUUGUUGGAUUAAGCUUCUGUUGAAUUCUUAUAAUAUUUAUUCUAAUCUUUCUUGGUAGA